UACCUUGCUCCCACGGCAAAAGGCCUUCCUGUUUUGCGGUUCGUCUUUCUCUUAGUUCGUCUCUCUCUCUCAUGCUGGACAUGGUCGUUCCGCUCUUUUUCUCUCUCAUACCACUCUAUUCAUGCUCGACAUUUUGUAGGGUGUUCGGCUCUCUCUCUCAUACCAGUCAGUCGAUUCUGGGAAUUCUCAGUGGUCUCUCUCCGACAUGGCCAUUGAAGUAGGUACCUUUGAAGACAUCUACCCCUCAAGAUUCAUCUCCUUCCAUUUCCCAAACCCCACUUUCUCUCUACACCAAGAACCCCACUUUUCCUCACGGUUCCUCAGAAUCGCAGUCCUCGACUCUCCCCAUGAAACCCCACCUCAUGAAUUCACAGUGGGAGCAAUGGUGGUUCCAAAAACUCGAGAACGAGACUGGGUUUUCUGCACUAAAAAUGGUCAUCUCCAACUCCUCUUAUCUUCCCAACUAUCUCGAUUAGUCAUUGUCAGUGACAUCCCCAUUAACAAUGAAUCCCUCUCAUCUUGGGCGUUUUCUCUCUCUAGAAAUGGUGAUCCCUAUGGGCCUCACCUCGAAAAGAGCUUGGCUCCAUUGCUUCUCGCUCUAACACCGAAAGCUAUGUUCAGAGAUGGGAUUCCUUCGGUACCGUUCAUUUCUUACGAUGAUGGGGUGAUUCGAGGCCUUGUUUUAGAGCAAUCCUCAGGCCCAAUUGUUGGAGAUAUGGUGAUUGAGAAUGUAGAAAUUGAUCCCAAUUGUAAAGAAGUGGAUUUUUCUGAUGAGAAAACUGAGAUGUCAGAGUUCAGGAGGAGGUUGAGGUUCAAGAGAAUGCCCAAUUUGGUUCAAACUGAGGUACCUCUCAUGCCAUUGAAUUCUUGUUCUGAUUUAGUUGCAGAGUUUAGAUUAGAAUUAGGGUUUCUAGUCCAUCCUUAUCUCUCUCCAAUGGCUGCUGGUCUUGUGCUGGUGAGUCCUUUAAUGGAGAAGCUUUUGAACGUAGGGAAAGGGCCGUUGCUUCUUUGUAUUGGGGUUGGAGGUGGAGCUCUGCUUAUGUUUCUUAGAGAGCACUUUGAAAAAAUUGAAAUUUUGGGGGUUGAAAUUGAUGAAAUGGUUAUCAAAAUCGCGAAGAAAUACUUUGGAUUGAUUGAAGAUGAACAACUCCAAAUUCUUUUAGGAAAUGGAAUAGAAAUGUUGAAAUACAUGGGUUCAAAAGCUGUUUCUAAUGGUUUAGGCCCCACGAAUUUGGUAACAAUUUGGCAUGAAAUUAUUGCUUCUGAAUCUAGCUCUUGCAGAACUUUUUUGCAGUCAAAAAUUGGAAAGAAAUUAGAGAAGAAAGGUUUUGGGCUCUCCCAAUUUCAUGUGAUUACGAUAGACGUAGAUUCAGGUGAUGCUACAAUGGGACUUAGUGCUCCACCUAUGGAAUUUAUUGAAAGGUCUGUUCUUUUAGCAACCAGACUAGCUUUACAUGAGCAUGGGAUUCUUGUUUUGAAUGUUCUUCCCUCUAGUAAAUCCUUUUAUAUUGAUCUGGUUUGUUCACUCAGAGAAUUUUUUGCUGAAUUAUAUCAAAUUGAGGUCAGCAAUGGUGAGAAUUAUGUUAUCGUUGCCACUUGUUCAGUUAUUGGUUCUAUAGCUAAAGAUGGCCCGAUUGUUGAGAAAUUGAAGCAGGUAAUUCCAAGAAGAUACAUGGAUCAAAUAACACAAAUUUGAAGAUCUUUUUGGAAGAUGUUAGGAUUCUUAUAGUGUUGUAAAAUUGUUGGGUAAGAAAAUGUUUAAUUGCUUACGAGAGUGAUCUUCAAGGUCGCAGUCCAAUUAUAUAUCAGAGGUAUGCAAAAUGGCUGGUACAAAAAGACAGAAUAUGCUCGAAAGCAUUAGAAUAUGGAUUUGCAAUUGAUGAAAAAUAGCUUCCUCACCUUCACCUUCUUUGUGAUCCUCUUCGGAAUCAGAAUCGGAAUCAGAAUCUUGCUCCCUUCAGGAUAAAUCUAACCCCUUCCUCUAUUCCCUCCUACAUAUAUGGGAUAUUUCAAGAAGUGAACUUCUUUCUUGGUAGCAGGAUCCCGGGAAAGGAUCGGAAAGAGAAUUUCAUUAUAUUUCUGACCAGGAACAAGACCUAUCACAAGAAUCUUUUAUGUUAUUCCCAUUUUGUUUUUGAGAGACGAUCUGGAUUCCUGGAUUAUCCAUGACUGGAUAAGAAUAACCUGAAUAUCCAGAACCAGAAUGUCCUCCUGGAGGUGUAAGAGUUUCAGCUGGUUAGAUGGUUUCUGAUAUAUAUAUAUAUAUAUAUAUAUAUGUAACCAUUACCUACCCAUUCUUUUAGAUGUGAACAUUUCUAUAAUCAGAACUUAUAUGGUGUAUUAACCAUUAUAUUGAUUCAUUAACAUGCUUUAUUUAUUCAUUUUUCCUGUUUUGUGCCACAAUUACUUGCUCAUAAGCUUUGAACCCUCCUUUUGUGUAUUUGUGAAGAGCAAAAAGGCUCCCAUAAUCCUUGGUGUAUUUAUAACGAUAAAAAGCACACUCCUUUUGUUUGGCAUGAGAUCUAACAGUGGAGUAUUGUAUCAUUGAUAAUUGAUGAUGGAUUUGGGCAGUGACAUAUUAGGAACUUAAUUCUUAUGUAUAUGUUUGGGCAUAUGACAUAUUUGGAACUUAAUUCUUAUGCAUAUGCCAAUGCCGGUUGUUAUUUGGACUGACUUAAAGAUUGAUUUAUUCCAACUUAUGUGAUAGAUUAGAUUAGUAUGACAGAAUUACACAGUUAAACACUCAAGGAAAAAUGUAGGUGUAUAACUUGUUUUGGUGGACUCUUCCAGAUGCCUAUGAUCCCAUUUCAUUG